AUGAUUCUGCUACUCAUCACCCUGGCUCUGGUGACAGGGCACGCAGUGGCAGAGACCCGGAUCAUCAAGGGCUACGAGUGCCCCCCACAUUCCCAGCCCUGGCAGGCGGCCCUGUUCCAGAAGACGCGGCUGCUCUGUGGGGCAACCCUCAUCGCCCCCAGAUGGCUCCUGACCGCCGCCCACUGCCACAAGCCCCGCUACCUGGUGCACCUGGGUGAGCACAACCUGCAGCGCCCGGACGGCUGUGAGCAGACCCGGACGGCCACGGAGUCCUUCCCGCACCCCGGCUUCAACAACAGCCUUCCCAACAAGGACCACCGCGACGACAUCAUGUUGGUGAAGAUGGCCAGCCCGGCCUUCGUCACCCGCGCCGUGCGGCCCCUCACCCUCUCCAGACACUGCGUCGCGGCUGGCACCCGCUGCCUCAUUUCCGGCUGGGGCACCACCUCCAGCCCCCAGUUGCGCCUGCCCCACACCUUGCGAUGCGCCAACAUCUCCAUCAUCGAGCACGGUGACUGCGAGAGAGCCUACCCCGGCAACAUCACCGACACCAUGCUGUGCGCCAGCGGCGGCAAAGACUCCUGCCAGGGCGACUCAGGGGGCCCCCUGGUGUGCAACGGGUCUCUGCAAGGCAUUAUCUCCUGGGGCCAGGACCCCUGUGCCGUCACCAGAAAGCCAGGCGUCUACACAAAAGUCUGCAGAUACGUGGACUGGAUCCAGGAGACCAUGGAGAACAACUAG